CAAAGAAAGAGCCUGAGAGAGUAGACGAGCAACCUUCAACAACACACCUGUGUGGCUGCAUGAAUAGGCCGUGAUCGCUGUGAAAAGAACUGAUCUGCUUCAGGAAACAAGUAACAGACACCUUCACGUGGACUGAGGAGGAAGACUUAACCAGAACCUAAACACCGCAACAAACACACGGUUUUGUUCUAUUGGUUCUUUGGCUGGUUCUCUGACUGGUUCUCUGACUGGUACUCCCACUGGUUCUUCCAUUGGCUCUCCCAGUGAACAGCCAUGCUUGGAAGAACAGGAACCUUCAGUGGACGUUGCAGGUUUGACCUCCAACAGUGCUGCUCUUUCUCCUCUCUUCAACCUCCCCCUGACCUCCCCAAACAUUAUUACCCAGCAGGCAGUGGGGACAGGAAUUACAGGAGGGGGCAGGAGGCGGGACAGAUGAACUCUGCUCAGAUCAACCGCAUCCUAAAGGCCAACGAACACAGCCACAAACUCCCAAGAGGCCCCGCCUCCCAUGGUGUCCUGGGUUUCCACAGCAACAUGUUGCCAUCCAACCACCCUGGCGAGGAUCGUCGCAGCAGCGCCACCUGCCUGCCGGGCCGUGGCGGCGUGCUGCUCGGUGUGUUUGAUGGCCACGCAGGGCCGGCAUGCGCCCACACCAUCAGCCAGAGGCUCUUCUAUUACAUCGCUGUGGCAACACUGCCACUGAGGAUACUGGCGGAGAUCGAACGGGCGGUGGAGGAGGAACGGGCCGUACCGCCAUUGUUGGAGUGGCACAAACACCCCCAAGACCACAGCUGCCCUGACGGAGGAGCGAUCUCCUUCCACAGCCUCCGAAACUACUGGCAGGAGAGGCUGGAGGACGAAGGCCAGGAGGAGGAGGAGGAGGAGGAGGAAGAGGAUGGCGGCAGGGUAACAUCAGCGCUGGUGAAUGCUUUCUGUCGCCUCGACUAUGAUCUGUCUGUGGAGGCCCAGGUCCACCUGUCCAUGUCCUCACCCAGACGGGUGUCUCUCCCUGGGGAAGGGUUGUCUCUCUCCAACCCCCUCCGGGUGGCGCUGUCCGGCUGCACUGCCUGUGUCGCCCAUAUCUCCAACGGCAUCCUACAUGUGGCCAACCUUGGUGACAGUCGGGCUGUUCUGGGUGUCCAGGAGCCGAACGGGGGCUGGUCAGCGGUCAGCCUCACCAAUGACCACAACGCACAGAACCCCGAUGAGCUGCAAAGGAUCCUGGGAGAACACCCGCAGUCUGAGAGCAGGACGGUGGUCCGCCAUGAUCGCAUGCUGGGUCUGCUGCUGCCGUUCAGGGCGUUUGGAGAUGUCCGCUUCAAAUGGAGCGCAGAGAUGCUGAGUCGAGUCUACGAAACUCGACCGGACGUCAUGUCUGCGGUCAGCGAGGCUGUCCGGAUGCUGCCGCCACACUACCUGACACCACCCUACCUGAGCGCCCAGCCAGAGGUCACCCGACACUGCAUCAGACCUUCUGACAAGUUCCUGGUCCUGGCAACUGAUGGACUAUGGGAGCUGAUGCACCGACAGACUGUGGUCCAGCUGGUGGGGGAACAACUGACAGGCAUUCAGCAGCAGAGACCCAUAGUUCCCAGCAUGGGCAUGACACUUGGCGGCUUGCAGCACCUCCUGCUGGAGAGGAGGGGACGAGUUAUGUCUGUGCUGGAGGACCAAAAUACUGCCACGCAUCUGCUUCGCCAUGCCUUGGGAGAUGAUGGGUAUGGGGCAGUGGCACCAAACCGUCUCGCCAAGAUGCUGAGUCUGCCGGCAGAUCUGGCCAGGAGGUACCGCGAUGACAUCACCAUCACUGUCAUACACCUAAAUGAGCCCGAUGUUUAAUCAGAGCAACUGUGGGAGUUAACCUGCUCAAUAACCAGGAGGUGUCUGAUCAUUCUGCAGCAGGACAGUGACUCCAAACAUACAGCUGGAGUCAUAAAGAACUAUCCUCAGAGACAAGAACAAGGAGUCCUGCAACAGAUGGUCUAGUCCCCACAUAGUCCUGAUCUCAACAUCGUGGAGUCAGUCUGGGAUUACAUGAAGACACAGAGAAAGACUUGAUCCACAGAAUAACUGUGGCAGGUUCUGGAAGAUGCUGAAACAACCUACCUGCCAAGUACGUGAAGAACUAUGUCCAGGUGUACCAAGGAGAAUAUUUCACUGUUUGCAGAAUGAAUGUUUGGAAAUCAAAAAUGUGAUAUUUCCUGUUGAUAUACUUAUGCAGGAGACAUAAAGUAAGUCUAUGACAAAUGUUUUUGUGAAACAUUUGAAGAACAGACUGCAACAAACAGCUACUGCAUCUUUUCCUUCAAUUAACAGUUUAACGAACAUUCGUUUUUCUGUUUUUAUGCUUUUCACAGAACAGUUGACUGUGUGUAAACAGACUAAACUGCUCAGACACUGAAUGAACCAUUUCCACUGGUCCAGGUUUUUUAAAUAAUUAUUUGUAUAUGCAGCUUUGACCUUUUGUUUGUAAAUUAUUUAAUGAUCCAGGUAUUUUUUG